UAUAUAAUCUGUGCCUAUAAUUGCGAUUAGAUAUAUAAUCCUUUUAUAAUAUAAUUAUAAAAAAAUUAAAUUUUAUUUCUAUUUAUUGCGUUUUAUACGACAGCGUAUUUAAUAUUUUCAUAGUUAUUUAAAAUCUUAAAUUAUUCGUAAAUAAACAUCGUUUGCUUAUUGACCAAACAUAUCAUCGAUUAUUAAAUCCAGAAUUGUAAUGGAAACUGCUGUUGUUUAUCUCUGGCUUACGCGGCGGUAUUUUGCGAUUACAAUUAAACUCGGAAAUACGACAAUUACGUCUGGUCUGGGAUUUCCGACGUUUGCCGUAGAAUUCAAUUAGCACAAAAUUUGAGCAAAUUUCGGGAAAACUUAGGUAACUUUUGAAUGAAUGAUAACACGGACGGAGGACGUCAUACAACCUCUUGUAUAUUUACAUGUAUAUUAUACAGCAAAUUUCACGGUACAACAUGGAAAUUUGGCAUCAAAGUCUGAGGCGACAUAAUAAAGGAGUAGCUCAACCCACACAACUUGCUGCUAAUUUUAAUAACAGAUUUUCAAAAUUUGUCAUAAUAUCUCAGUGAAAAUACCAAAGUAAUGGUAACGUUUAUCACAUAAUAAUUUCCAGUUUUCAAUCAGUACUAUUAGUAUACUCUUCGUAAUGAAGCCACCUGCACCAGUUGAAAUUUUUUUCUAUUAAAAUAAAGUCAAUUUGAAAUUAACUGCAGAAUAAGAGUUUGUCAUUUAUUCAAUCUUUUGAAUUUACAAAGGUAAUUCUUUUUUUUAAACAUGUAACUGAGACAUUACAAACGUACCUGAUACUUUUUGUUAAAGAAGAAACUAUUGCCAAUUCAUCGAAAGAGUAUUGUUAAAAUUAAGAUUGCAAAUGGAACGGAUAAAUUGAUGAAAUUUAUUUGUCUAUGAAAUUCAAAGUAAACGACAAAGUAAGCGAUUUGAUCAGCACUUACAAUGCUUCCCAUGAACUUUACGUUACCGCCGUGAAAUAAAUAAUGAAAGAUAUCAGCGUGUACUUUGAAGAAAUUUAUGCCACUUCUGUAACUUCACCGCGCGCGAGAACGUAAUCCGCUUAAAGUUAAAUUAGUAAAGUUAGAAUGUUGUUUCCGAAUCAUCAAUGAAAACUUUAAUGAGACUUAACACAUUGUUCGAAAUAUCACGAACGAUUUCAAACGUAUGAUAGGACGAAUCAAUCCGUCCGUACUUAAACCAACUGCAAUUCAAAAUUGUGUGCAAAUUUCUUUUAUUUAAGCAUAAUUUUGGGACGCGGAUAUUGCAAAAGAUAUGACUAUGUUCUUACGUCGCAAGAAAUUCUGGACAUUUUCCAGAGGUAAAUCGGCGUAAAGCCAUAAAAAUUCGUCAGAGGGUUGAAGCAUAUCGAUCGAUAUGCAACACUAUCGAUAGAAAACACGCCACACUGUCGCACAGGUUUAAUCGCAAUGACCGCCAACACGCAUUACUAACUACUAACUACGCUUCUCCACGCGUAAUUGCAUGUUACUGGAUACGUUAUAUACGGCACAUAACACUUUAAUUUCACAAGAGUUCGAGGAGCAAAAUUGCAGUAAUCUUUGAUUGCGUAAAAUAAAAAAAAUAGUUUACUAUAUAUAUUUGAAAUGUAAAAAUAACCAAAUCAGGAGAAUAAAUUCCCGUUAGUUAAAUAUUUGUAAUUUAAAUUAGAGAGUGUAGAGUCGUAAAAAUUUUGCAAGAAGGCAAAUCUUAUUUUUUUAUACCAUUGAAUUGCUAAAUUUAAAUAAAUGUAAGUUUAAAGUGCAUUGCGCUUCUUCUUCAAAGAAAAAACUACUGAACCAUUACUUUAGUUUCUUAACUUGAUGAACAACCGAAAACUUAAACGCAAUUAAUUGAGUAAAUUUAACCAUUUGAAAACGUGAGUUGAAAUAUAUUGCGGGAAUAUUCGUUAUUUCUUUAUAUUUGACUUUUAUUUGCCUCAAUUUAAUUUGUGUUCUGUGUCAAUCUCAAUUAUGGAGUUGUUUUCGAGCGGGCUUUAAAAGUCUUCGCCAAUAAACUACAACGAAAAUACGAACGCCAACUUUAUUAAUGCAUAUUUCAACAGUUUGAUAACAUCAGUCGCUUCUAUAAAUUGCAUUUGUGUCAUCUAAUCUGAUCACGUAAUUUUAGCCAGACUCAAUAAUAAAAAUAUAUCUGAAUAAAAUCUCGAUAAAAAGCGCGUUAAAAUUUCAAAGGCUUGUAAUAUUUUAGAUAACGCCCGGAUUAUCUUAGAAAUGGAAAAUAUAAAACCGACAAGUGUGCUCUUUAAACUAUGUUUUUUUGACAUUUAGUAGAUCUCUUUUAAAAGUCAAAGCACAGAGGCAGUCUUACAAAAACCAUAUUCUUCAUUCAAGGGUCUCAAUAUUCAUAUAGGUCUAUUUUUCGCCGGUCUAGUCUCGUUCGAAAUGAAAUGAAUUCCUUUUCAGGUCUCUCCUUUUCAGAACCUUUUUCAAUGAUGAAAACAAUUUUUUAUUGAGAAAGAAAGAACAAUAGUUUAUUCUCUUAUUAUUUUUCUUAAUAUCCGUCAGUGUGCGACACAAUGUUAUACAAGCUUAUUGAAGAUCUUUUAAAAAGAUACAAGGUAUUAUUAACUCUCAAGUCCCCGCAGAAUCAAUUUUCUCGAAAAGAAUGUCUCGUAUGAAAACAAUAUUAUUGUACAUUUUCGAUGCGUUUUCGCGCGAGGCGUUCCUCCCUCCGGUUUUGCCGCGAUUCCGGCUCGUACUCCGGAUCGUACUCUAUAAACAAGCUUAAUUUCUUAGAUCAUCUUCGCCCGUGCGAGUUAUUUUAGCGGCGUAAUUGCUCGCGGAAACUUGCGGUGACCUGCGACGUAGGCGAUAAACCUACACAACCUCGCGGUGUUUCAGCGCUAUCAGUUUCGUCUCAGUGCACCGGUCACUCGCGUUUGUUCAGUGAGCAAUGUUUUCGUUUCAGAUUUAAGUCUUCAUCCGUUUGUUCGCUAUAGAUUUAAUAAGUUCUCCGAGGUGAGCGAGUGCAAGUUAAAACGCGCGAACGAAUCUUCGGGCGGUCAGGAUCGAUAGUGUGUCUGAUUAAAAAACUUUCACAAACCUCUGCAUCCUCGAGCUUUUUAUAUUAAUUAUUGCUCGUUAUUAACGGCAGCUAAAGUGACCGGCAAUGUAAAUGGAGACGUUGCGCUUGUAAACAACUUAUUUAUCUCGGUCUCGGCCAAGAACAUGAUGCUCACUUGUCCAGUCCAGUCCAAUGGUCCCAGUGGAGAGUGCCGAGUGGACAACUGGACAGAACCUUAGAGAGGGCUCAGACUGCUCAGAGACCUUCGAUGCGAGCACAGAGCUGAUGUAAAAUGUAAAAAAGGCGAAGAAGCUAUCAUAAGCAAACAAUGAAUUUAAAGCAUUGGAAUUAUUUGAUAAAAUGCAGAACUUUCCACCGUUAAGUGUCACAAAAAAUAACAUUGGUAGAAGUUGGUGUGCGUGGAAACAGAAAUUUUUAUCUUUUCUGCAGAAAGAAGAUUCUAAAGAAAUAUAUAAGAAUCAAUGGACAGUUAUAUUGUUAAUGUUGAUUGGACCGCUUGGAGAAGAAGCAUAUAAGAAUUUUUCUCAAAAUGCUCAGCAGACAAAAGAUUUGAAAACAGUAUUACGUGAGCUAGAUAUAUACUUCAUUUUCGGACUUAGAAAGAAACAAAAUAGCGAGAGUAUCGACAAGUAUAUUGAUAGCUUGAUGCUCUUUGCUAUAGCAAGCAAUCACAGUGAUCCCGUGAUUAUUGUAAAGGAGAAAAUUAUAGAAGAUAUUAAAAAUUGCAAUUUUACGGGAAAAGCUAUGUUUCUUAUACAAUCGAAGGGAAAAGAUCUGGUAUCGUACUUAAAAUCAUUAGAUCUUCAUAAAAUUGUGCUAUUUUGGAAACAGUGCGAAGAAUUUACGUCGCAGAGGAAUCUCGAGGAUAUAGGAGGCCAGUCGUCUUCUAAUUCGGAGUCUAUUGAGAUGGAAUGCUCUCGAUGUGGCACUUGUCACAGUAGAAAUCGUUGCCCAGCUCAUGGAAUACAAUGUAGCAAUUGUAAAGGGUACAAUCACUUUACGGAUAAUUGUAAGAUAAAAUACGUGUCUAACUGCACUAAAUGCGGAACGAAUCACGUACAGUCACGUUGUCUCGCUUUCGGCGAAUUGUGCACAAAUUGCGGCAAGCCGAACCAUUUUUCGUGGUUGUGUCAAGUUCCUAUUGUAAAAGAUUGCCUUCGAUGCGGUAAGGAUCACGCUAUAUCUAUGUGCCCGGCACAAGGCCGUAUAUGCUCCCGAUGUAAGAAACCAAAUCAUUUGAAGGAAAAAUGUUUGAGCAAAUGAAUGAUGAACGAGAAUGGCAUAUAGUAUAAGUAUUCUCUUGGGGAUUUUAAAGGGCGAUAGUACACAAGCUGUCUAUCCAUUUUUGAUCUUAAUAAUUUUAAUAAUUUGUUGGGAGAUGCUUCUUUUGAAGUAAGAGUUAAAAUUUCAAUUUCUAAAAUUGAGUGUUUUUGCAAAGUAAAUCCUAAAAUUAAGAUUCUCUCGAAGUAGAGACUGUUUGAAAUUAAAUAUGAUCUUAAAUUGUCUAAUGCAUUCCGUUGAUUUAAUUUUUAUAUCUAUUAUACACAUUUCUCAUAAUAUUAAAACUUAUAUUUUGUUAUAUAAAAACUA